AUGGACAGAAAUCCCAUUGCCAAUAGGAACAGUAUAUGGAAGGGAGGAAGAGUGGAUCAUUAUAUUGAAGGGUUUAAAAAGGAUAUUUCCAACUGGUUGAGAUUUGUGAAUUGUGCUGAUAAAGAAGAGAAACAAAAUUUAGUGGCAAUCCAAUACAAGAAACAAAUUUAUUACAAGACUUACAGAGAAGUGUUACCAUUUCAAGAGCUUCUGGUGUGGUAUGGGGGAAAAUAUGCCGCUAAUCUUGGAAUUAGCCUGAAAAGGGACAUUGAAACUAACGAAUUAAGUAUGAAUGAUGAAAUCUAUGUCUUAAAUGUUAAGAUGAUUAAAAACAGUAGUUUUGCUGAAAAUUUCCAAAUCUUAGAAUUUGUUUGGGUAAAAUUUACUCUAAAAAUAGUUCAUUUUAUAGAUGUAAAAGGUGUUGCAUGUGAUAUGUGUCAGGCAUUGUUCACAUCCGUGGAUGCCAUGGAGCGACACAGAAAGAAACAUCCCAAUCAGGGGCCCGAUCGAAGACACAGAUGUCCCCACUGUGUCUACUCCACCAACUACUCACAUCAUCUCCGGGGUCACCUCGCUACUCACACGGGUGAGAGGAGACACGGAUGUCCCCACUGCCACAAGACAUUCACUCUGGAAGAAAAUCUCAGGAGACACCUGAAGGUCCACAGUGGAGAGAGACCCUUCUCUUGUGGAGAGUGUGGAAGAGAUUUUAAUAGAAAGGAACACUUUGAGCGUCAUAAGCGAAGACACAGCGGCAUCAGACCUUACCGAUGUUCCACCUGCGGAAGAGAUUUCACUGAAUUACCAAUCCUUCUCAAGCACAUAAGAAUCCACACUUUGCAAAGACCCUACAAGUGCUCCAACUGCCAAUACAGGGCCACCACAUCUUCCAGUCUCAAUAGUCACGUUAUUCAUAAACACACAAAACAGUUCCCCCAUAAGUGUCACCUGUGUGAGAGAGGUUUUCUUGUACCAAGUCUUCUUAAACAGCACAUUGACCGCAUACAUCCUCAAUACAAGUAAAUAAAUAAGGAACUGCACUUAAUGUAAACUUACCGUCAUAAAAAUGAGAGAUAAGAUUGAUCACCGCGUACACUUUGAAUAAAAAUUUGCACGAAGAAAGUAUAGUAAGGACUUUUACAAUAAACGCCUAUUUUUACUUAUGUUUGAAAUACAUUGAUGGCGAAAACUAUGGGAUUAGCUUAAAAAAGUACAAUAAAUUA